AAAAAAGGUCUUUUCUCAAAAUUAUUACAAAAACAAGGUUCGCACAUAUGGAAUUCCACCUUUACCCUCCUUCUCUCUCUUCAAUUUCAGCUCUCAGUCUCUCCCUCUCCAAUCGCAAAUCCUUUUUGGAAUGAAAAAUGAAUGCGAUUAGCGAAAGACUGAUGUUCUCGAUUCGGAGGCAGCUCCAUUUGCAUUUGCAAUUGCGUAAGUUUUCCCCUCACCAUCACCAUGAAGCUGCCCCAACUGAAACAUUGAAGAGAAUGAUAAAAGACGUGGAGAAGAAGAAGAAGAGUAACAAUGUCAAGAGGGACAAAAAGUUUUUUGUUGAGACUCCCGAAUCAAAAUCAUAUCUUGACACCGCCACUAUGCCCAUGGUUCUCACUGCUGUUGGGAUUGCUCUCUUCGCUAAGCUCCUCAUGAUGUAUGAUGAGUCAAAAUCACAAGAAAUGAUUGAACGCAAGAUAAGGGAUGCUCCUGCUGGUCAGGGCACGGUUAGGAUGCUCACUCGUGAGGAAUGGGAUGAAAUUCGGGAAGUAAGGCCAAGAACCCCGUUUGAAUCCAAACUUGCACGUCCUAAUGCAAAAAUUAGAACCGGAGAACCACUACAUAUGGAGGAUCUGAAGGAUUGGACAAUUGAUGUGUUCACAGAUGCACUUUCUCGUGCUGAAGAAAGUAUUCGACACAAUUCCAAGUAAUUUAUUCCAGCAUUUUUCCCAAACGUUGUUACAUGGGGAGAUUUGAUAACCUCUCAAGUGUUGAUGCCUGAUAUACACAAUCAUGGAUGUUUAUGGCUCAUACCAAAACAGUUCACGUGGCAUUUUACUAGCUGACUAGAGGCAGAAUCUAUGGCAAGCUGUUGAAAGAGAAAAAAUUCGGCAAUCGAUCAAGUCGGUUGUUGAGAGCAAAUGAUCAAAUGGCUGUAAUGUUUAUCAACAUUCACAGUAAUCCUCUAUUUUUAUGGAAUUUACUCUGGAAGCUUGACUAAUCAUUUUUUUGCGUAGAACUUGUUCUUUAAAAACACUGCAGUUAGGCAAAUUUUGCGUAUCUGAAGCUAUGUGAUCAUAUUGGCAAGGAAAAAGAUUUUAUAGCAUCCACUGUGAAAGAAUUAUGAGCUCUAGUAUGAUCUUAAGGAGCUCAAUUUGCAAUUGGAGUUUCAAAUUCUGAAACUUUUACACUCUCUUGGACGACUAUGCAUAGUUAAGAUACUUGAGGGUAGCUUUUGGUUGUGUUGUUCGAUUGUUGGCCCUUCCUAUUGGGACACGCAAGAUUUCAAUUAACUAAAUUAUGCUAAUAAUAAUAUUUUUCUUAAUUGGAAAUAUUUUUCUC